CACUGCCACUAAGAGGAAGUAUUCUGAGAGAGAGGAGGGGGCCACUGCCUCUAAAAAGAGUCUGACUCAAGAUACCAGUUCUAAGAGUGUCCAGAAGCCCAGAGCAGAGUCACCUACACCCAGCCGGGAACCUCUGAGACGUGGCAAAAUGUCUGAACAACAGAUGAAAAGCUCUGACUACCAGUUGGACUAUGAAAACGUUCAGGAUCCAGUUGAGACGAUGGAGGGGAUUGUCAGCCAGGGUGCUGUAAUGUUCACACACAACCCUCUGGGUAUGAGGAGUCAAACUCUUCUGACAGUCCAACAAGACAUUAAGGCUAAACUGAAACACAAGUAUCAACACAUAUCUGAAGGAAUUGGACACCAUGGAAACCAAAGUCUGUUAAAGGACAUCUACACAGAGCUCUACAUCACAGAGGGUGGAAGUGGAGGGGUCAAUAAUGAACAUGAGGUGAGACAGAUAGAGAUGGCAUCCAAGAAACAAACCACACAAGAGACACCAAUCAAAUGCAACGACAUCUUCAAGCCUUUACCUGGACAAGACAAACCUAUCAGAACUGUGCUGACAAAAGGAAUCGCUGGCAUUGGAAAAACAGUCUCUGUGCAGAAGGUCAUCCUUGACUGGGCAGAGGGAAAAGCAAAUCAGGACGUUCAUUUCAUGUUUCCUCUUCCUUUCCGUGAUCUGAACCUGAAAAAGGACCAAUACAGUCUGAUGCAACUUCUUUCCCACUACUUCUCAGAGCUGAAAGAGAUUGACAGCAUUGAAGAUGGUGAAACCAAAACUGUUUUCAUUUUUGAUGGUCUGGAUGAGUGUCGACUUCCUCUAGACUUCAAAAACAAUGAGAGGUGCUGUGAUGUCACGAAGCCAACCUCAGUGGACGUGCUGCUGACAAACCUCAUCAAGGGGAAUCUGCUUCCCUCUGCUCUCCUCUGGAUAACCUCACGGCCUGCAGCAGCCAAUCAGAUCCCUCCUGAGUGUGUUGACCAGGUGACAGAGGUACGAGGGUUCAAUGAUCCACAGAAGGAGGAGUACUUCAGGAAGAAAAUCACAGAUCAGAAUCUGGCCAAUGAAAUCAUCAAACACAUGAAGACAUCAAGGAGCCUCCACAUCAUGUGCCUCAUGCCAGUCUUCUGUUGGAUAUCAGCCACUGUCCUUGAGAUGAUGCUGAAAGAGGCAGAGAAGGAUGAAGUCCCCAAAACUCUGACCCAGAUGUUCACACACUUCACGCUCAUCCAAAUCAUUGUGAAGAACAAGAAGUACAACAAAGCCACAGAGACAAACCCAAAGGAACUGUCUCAGUCAGACAAAGAGAUGAUCCUGAAACUGGCAAAGCUGGCUUUCCAACAGCUGCAGAAGGGCAACCUGAUCUUCUAUGAGGAGGACCUGAGAGAGUGUGGCCUUGAUGUCACAGAGGCAUCAGAGUACUCAGCAUUGUGUACAGAGAUCUUUAAAGAAGAAUCUGGGCUGAACCAAGAGAAGGUCUACAGCUUUGUGCAUCUGAGCAUGCAGGAGUUUCUAGCAGCAGUGCAUGCUUCAGAAUCAUGUCUGGACAAGAAGGAAAAUGUUUUUUCCACCACUAGUGAGGAUGAAGAGGAGGAGUCAAUCCAGUUGUUUGACUUACACAGGAGAGCAGUGGACCAGGCCUUGAAGAGUGAGAAUGGACACCUGGACCUGUUCCUCCGCUUCCUUCUGGGUCUCUCACUGGAGUCCAAUCAGAAUCUGUUACGAGGCCUUCUGACACAGACAGGAAGUACAACACAGAGCAAUGAGGAAACAGUCAAGAGAACAGUCAGGUACCUUUCAGACAAGAUCAAAAGGGAAUCCUCACCAGAAAGGAUCAUCAACUUGUUCCACUGUCUGAAUGAACUUGGUGCCAACUCUCUAGUUGAAGACAUGCAAACCUCCCUGCGAUCAGGAACUCUUUCAGAAACAAGACUAAAACGUGACCAAUGUUCAGCCCUGGCCUACCUGUUACUGAUGUCAGAGGAGGUGCUGGAGGAGUUUGACCUGAAGACAUACAACACAUUAGGGAAAGGUUAUCAGAGGUUGCUGCCGGUAGUGAAAACCUGCAAGAGAGCACUACUGUCUGGCUGUAAACUCACAUAUGAAUCCUGUGAGACUCUGGCCUCAGCUCUGCAGACACCAAACUCCCCCCUGAGAGAACUGGACCUCCGCUACAAUGACCUGGGAGACAGAGGAGUGGAGCUGCUCUGUGUUGGACUAACCAGUCCACUCUGCAACAUACAGACACUAGUGCUGUCUGGCUGUCUGGUCACAGAGGAGGGCUGUGCUGCUCUGUCUUCAGCUCUGAGGUCAAACCCCCACCUGAAAGAGCUGGACCUGAGCUACAAUCACCCAGGAGACUCUGCAGGGGGACUGCUUUCAGCUGCUCUGGUGGAUCCCACAGAUAAACUGAUGAAGCUGAAUGUGGAUCAUGGUGGAGAGUUCAGGCUGAAACCAGGGCUGAGGAAAUAUGCCUGUCAUCUCACCCUGGACCCAAAUACAGCAAACCCAGAACUGAUACUGUCUGAGGGGAACAGGAAGGUGACAUGGGUGGAGGAGAAGCAGCAUUAUGAAGACCAUCCAGACAGAUUUGACCAUUAUCCCCAAGUUCUCUGCAGAGAAGUCUUAUCUGGAUCUCGUUAUUACUGGGAGGUGGAGUGGGAUGGUGACAUUUCUCACAUUUGUGUGGUGUACAAUGGAAUGCAGAGGAAGGGAGAGAUGGACAGUUGGUUUGGAUACAACAGGAAGUCCUGGGGUUUAGUCUGCAAUGACACAGGUUUUCAAUUGUACCAUGCUGGAGUCAUCAGAUCCAUCCCUGGUCCUGUUUCUAACAGAGUUGGAGUGUAUCUGGACUGGCCAGCUGGUACUUUGUCCUUCUAUAGCGUGUCCUCCUCUGGUACACUGACACACCUUUACACAGAACACACCACAUUCACUGAACCCCUCUAUCCUGGGUUUGGGUUUGGGUUUGGGGUUUAUUCCUCCUCCUCAGUGACCCUGUGUCAGAUAGAUGACCAACACAUUCAAAGCAGAGACCAUGAUGGAGAGUGUUGUAUCAAGCCUGGACCUGAGAAUAUGACCAACCCUUCCCUGAGGAAUGAGAUGAAGAUUCUUCAUGUAGAGGAACAUGGAGUGUCUGUUGAGGAAGUGCAUGAGGUCACCAGAUUCCAUGCUAAGAUUCUCCAUCCCAAGUUCUCAGCUAUCGCUGUUAUACUGAGCUAUAUCUUUUUUGGAACGUAG